AUGAGGACGCUGCUCGCCCGCAGCUUGCAGUCUGUGGGGCGUGUUGGGGAGGCCUUGGGCAGGGUCCACAGGCUCCUCUCUUCUCCUCCACCCCCACCCCAGGUCCUGGUGCCCGAUGACAGCAGCCCCGCCACGCCCCCGCCUGACCUCAUUGAGAUCCAGGUGGUGAAGGUGACCGACACCACCCUGGUCCCCGAGCCCCCGGAGCCAGGCUCUCUUCACUGUGCCUUGUGCCCGGCUGCCUUCCGUCUGGUCUCCGAGCCCUUCCGCCGCUCCUCGGACAUGCGCGACCACGAGCGGGUGCACACGGGCGAGCGGCCCUACCACUGCGGCGUCUGUGGCAAGGGCUUCACGCAGUCCUCGGUGCUGAGCGGCCACGCCCGCAUCCACACCGGCGAGCGCCCCUUCCGCUGCGCGCUCUGCGCCCGCACUUUCAACAACUCGUCCAACUUCCGCAAGCACCAGCGCACGCACUUCCACGGCCCGGGGUGCGGGCCCAGAACUCCUCUUCUGAGGCCACUGAAAUCCAGGCAGCAAACGCCACUCCUGCCCAGCUCCUAG